AGGCACCUGUCAUUCUCAUGGACGACCAUGAGGAGGCCACGCUCCUGGCUGACCUUGCUGCCAUCGCCACUGCUGCCAGCACCAGCCGCGCUGCCGCCGCUGCUACUUCAACUGCUGCCGCCGCUGCCACUGCUGUUGGGGACGAUGCAACUCCAUCAACUCUUGGGCCAUACCUGGGCGCUUCAUAUGUAAAGCUCAUUGGCCCUAACUUCGUCAUCAACACGUUCGCCCUCAUCGGCCCCAGCGGCGCCCCCAUCCUGCGCUACAACAAGUCGCACCUCUUUCCCUCUGUGGAGGCCAACGUGCAACCCGGACUCGGGUCUCUGCCCGUGGUGGACACGCCUCUGGGGAGGCUGUCUGUGGCCGUCUGCUUUGACAUGCAGUUCCCUGCACUCAUCCGCCAGGCGGGAAGACAAGGAGUGGACAUUUUGCUGCAGCCCAGCUGGACGCGGGGCGCCAUAGGCCACGUGACAUUCGAGACGGAUGCAGUGAGGGCAGCAGAGAACGGGCUCACACUGCUGCGCUGCUCCUCCAUUGGGGUCUCGGGUGUCGUCUCCCCGUACUACCGCACCCUUGCUGCACAGGAAGCGCUAGAGAGUGGGAUGCUCACAAUGCACCUGCCCCUCCAGCGCCGUGCCCCAGCGCUCUACCCCUUUAUUGGCCUACCCAUCUCCCUCCUCCUCCUCUUCGUCACCCUCUUUGCAGCAUUUCUUGCCAUUUCCCCGCCCUACCUCUCCCUCCCUUUCUGUCGUUACCUCCCCACCCCCCUCUGCUCGCUGCUGCCUUACCCUCUCUGCUUGGGUGGACAGCAAGAGGGGAGGGAGAGGGAGAAGAAGGAAUAA